CAUGCCACCGUCUCCCUCCGCUCCUAGGCGCACCCUAGUGCCUCCCUGCCCCGGCAUCUGGGUGGGUUCCCAGGCUCCUCCCCAGAGCUGACUUCGAGCCCCACGCCCUACAGGCCCACGGCUGCCAUGGCAACCGUACGCCGCCGCCGCCUCUACACGCACGUCGCGAACUAACGGACUCCGCGGCGGCGGCGGCCUAUGCCCCACCCCAACCCCACCUGGACCGCAGCAAAACGGUCGGUCGACCUGCGACACCUAGGUCUCCGAAAGAUGAAUUUGGCUGAGAUUUGUGACAAUGCAAAGAAAGGAAGAGAAUAUGCACUUCUUGGAAAUUAUGACUCAUCAAUGGUAUAUUACCAGGGGGUGAUACAGCAGAUUCAGAGACAUUGCCAGUCAAUCAGAGACCCAGCUGUCAAAGGCAAAUGGCAGCAGGUUCGGCAGGAAUUAUUGGAAGAAUAUGAACAAGUUAAAAGUAUUGUCAGCACUUUGGAAAGUUUUAAAAUCGACAAGCCCCCAGAUUUCCCUGUGUCCUGUCAAGAUGAACCAUUUAGAGAUCCUGCUGUUUGGCCGCCCCCUGUACCUGCAGAACACAGAGCUCCACCUCAGAUAAGGCGUCCCAAUCGAGAAGUAAGACCUCUGAGGAAAGAAAUGCCAGGAGGAGGAGCCCGGGGACCUGUAGGCCGAGCACAUCCUAUAUCAAAGAGUGAAAAACCCUCUACAAGUAGGGACAAGGAUUGUAGAGCAAGAGGGAGAGAUGACAAGGGAAGGAAAAAUAUGCAAGACGGUGCAAGUGAUGGUGAAAUUCCCAAAUUUGAUGGUGCUGCAUAUGAUAAGGAUCUGGUGGAAGCCCUUGAGAGAGACAUCGUCUCUAGGAAUCCUAGCAUUCACUGGGAUGACAUAGCAGAUCUGGAAGAAGCUAAGAGGUUGCUAAGGGAAGCUGUUGUUCUUCCCAUGUGGAUGCCUGACUUUUUCAAAGGGAUUAGAAGGCCAUGGAAGGGUGUGCUGAUGGCCGGGCCCCCAGGCACUGGAAAGACCAUGCUGGCUAAAGCUGUCGCCACUGAGUGUGGCACAACAUUCUUCAACGUCUCCUCUUCCACGCUGACGUCGAAGUACAGAGGGGAAUCUGAGAAGUUAGUUCGUCUGUUGUUUGAAAUGGCUAGGUUUUAUGCCCCCACCACCAUCUUCAUUGAUGAGAUAGAUUCUAUCUGCAGUCGAAGAGGGACCUCUGAUGAGCAUGAGGCAAGUCGCAGGGUCAAGUCUGAGCUGCUCAUUCAGAUGGAUGGAGUUGGAGGAGCUUUAGAGAAUGACGAUCCUUCCAAAAUGGUUAUGGUAUUGGCUGCUACUAAUUUCCCAUGGGACAUUGAUGAAGCAUUGCGAAGGAGAUUAGAAAAAAGGAUAUAUAUACCUCUCCCAACAGCAAAAGGAAGAACUGAGCUUCUGAAAAUCAAUCUUCGUGAGGUUGAAUUGGAUCCUGAUAUUCAACUGGAAGAUAUAGCAGAGAAGAUUGAGGGCUAUUCUGGUGCUGAUAUAACUAAUGUUUGCAGGGAUGCCUCUUUAAUGGCAAUGAGACGACGAAUCAAUGGCCUAAGUCCAGAAGAGAUCCGUGCACUUUCUAAAGAGGAACUUCAGAUGCCUGUUACCAAAGGAGACUUUGAAUUGGCUCUUAAGAAAAUUGCUAAGUCUGUCUCUGCUGCAGACUUGGAGAAAUAUGAAAAGUGGAUGGUUGAAUUUGGAUCUGCUUGAAUUUCUGUCAGCUCUUUCAUUUCUGGUAUUUUUGUUUAUAAAAUGUGAAGAAAUUCCAGCAAUUU